AGGGAGGAUAGGUGAACACCUACAUGCUGGGCCUCACACUGCCAUGAACAGCAUUCCUGCGCUUCUGAACCAUCUAGAUGCCAAUCGAGAGUCUCCGACCUUGAGCUUGGCGUAUGCCUCCAUCUCCGAUGAGGGAAUCGUGGAGGUGUCCAAGUUCCUCCGCGACAACCCAUUCGUGAAGUACUUGGAUCUUCGGGGCAACAAUGUCCAGGCCAAAGGAGCUAUGGCACUUGCCAAUGGCAUCAAGAUCAAUCGAUCUCUCCGAAGUCUCAAUCUGAAAUGGAACGCAAUUGGCAAAGAUCCUAGCGGUGUCCAUGCCUUGUGCGAAGUUUUGAGGUCUAACCUCACAAUUGGCCAUGUAGACUUGCGGAACAAUCGCGUAAACAACGUGGGCGCCAAAUAUAUUGGCGAGAUGCUUGCAGCUAACACGACGAUUACGCACCUGGAUCUCUCGUGGAAUGAUUUGGGAGCUGACGGUGGAUUAGCCUUGCUGGAAGGCCUCAAGCACAACAGCACAGUCCUUGACUGCCAGCUGAGCGGUUCUAAGGUGGGUGAAGAGACUAUGCAUGAAGUUGCGUUCCUUCUCCGAAGGAAUAAAGCUUCUGCGGCGUACAAAGCAAGUCCCAACUCUACCGGGGCACAAAUGGCCGCUGCAGAUCCCAAGACUGCAACCCUGGGAAAAGCCACGACAACAGCUCCAGUGUCUAGAAGCCGAGCAGAAACAGCAGAGCAGGAGGUGCCGCCUGAAGAUCUGCAGCCUGUGAAAAAGGGCCCGCAGGCCAAAGCUAACUGGACAUCCAAGGACAGUAGCACGCUUAUGCUGCGUCUGAUGAUGAAGGAGAGGGAACAGGUCUUGCCCGAAGACAAAGUUUUCUACCAGCAGAUCGCCGAGCACAUCGACAAGUUGCUGCUGGAGACAUCAAAGCACAAACAGGGAAGAGUUGACGGUGAGGAAAGAGAGAAGCUGUCCACAACUGGAUUUUUGGAGAGGGAGCAGAGGUAUAUCAAAGAAAUCCGGCAAGCAGAAGAAGCGCUGCAGAGAGUGAUCAGUGAGAAGGAAUUCUCGCAAAAAGAGCUUGCAGCAAAGACCGUGUCGCUGAACCAAUUGAACGAGCAGAAUACUUCAGCUGUGCGCGAGUCGGUUGUGUCGCAGGAAAAGGCAGCAGCUGAAGAGCAGCAGCUGAGAAAGGAGCUCAGGGAGCUCCAGGUGGAGAAGAAAGACCUCCAGGACAAGCUCGCUUUGAACUUGAAGGACUUGGAGCUAUUGGAGCAGGAGAACGAACGACUUCGGCAACAUGUAAAGUCAUUUCAGAGAGACGUUAACGAAAUUCUGGCAUGAAGCUGACCACAAUAUGUGGCCGGAUGUCAUGGCUCUGUGCUUGGUUGAAUUCGCCCACAAGCGCAAGCUCGAACGAGCCGCCAAGGCAGCAACACGCUGGCUGGAGUUUUAUGGGUCAUGUGUGUAUAUAUGUUUGCAAUGUUACUCCUAGCAACUUCAGUGCCUGCCCUAUAGGUUCAGCUGUUCACCAAAGGUGACUGGAGCUAUUGAUGGCUUCUGACAGGCUUUACAUUG